GAGAUCUUCGAGUGUCUGGCAGCGACGCUGACAGUAAUCACCUCUGCGGGAGGUGACUAAAACCAAAGAGAAGGAAAGACGACGAAUCCACAAAUGACAGGGAAAAACAGCUGUCCCAUUGGGAAUCUUCACUGUAGAGGUGCUUUUUGGGAGCUUAGUGGGAAGCUGUAAUGACUGAGGUUUCACACAUUGCUUAUGCUGAAUCUCUCUUCAGCCUUUUUUGAAGUAUCCCAGGUAUCAGCAACUAGCUCCAGAAGCUGGGACACCGGGUGGGAGGAAGGGACAGCAGUGAAGGUGUCGUGCUCCUGGAGCAGCCCCUUGCACAUCAGCCAGCCCAAGGCUAUUUCACCCCCCACUGGUGUGUCCCUUGGUGCUGGGACCUGAGCCAGCACAGCCCCCUGCUGCAGCACGAGCCUCCUCUUGCCCCCAGGAAGAGAUGGCCGCCCUCAUUGCUGAGAACUUCCGCUUCCUCUCCUUGUUCUUCAAGAGCAAAGACGUGAUGAUCUUCAAUGGUUUGGUGGCCCUGGGCACUGUGGGGAGUGAGGAGCUUUUCUCAGUUGUUGCCUUCAAUUGCCCCUGCUCCCCUGCCCGCAACUACAUCUAUGGGCUGGCUGCCAUCGGUGUCCCGGCCCUUGCUCUCUUCCUCAUUGGUGUCAUCUGGAACAACCACACCUGGAACCUGGUGGCCGAGUGCCAGAAGCGUGGCACCAAGAAUUUCUCUGCUGCUGCCACCUUUCUCCUCUUCGGCUCCAUCAUGGGCCGGGCAGCUGUGGCACCUGUCACCUGGUCAGUCAUCUCGCUGCUGCGCGGGGAGGCUUACAUCUGUGCCCUCAGCGAGUUUGUCAGGCCAUCCUCCCUCGACAAGUUCCCAGCUGAGUAUGGGGCCGAAGUGCUGGCCAGAUUCCCCUGUAAAGACGUGCCAGCAAACCUCACCAAGUUCAGGGAUGAGGUGACGCGGAGGCUGAGAUAUGAAUCCCAGCUCUUUGGCUGGCUGCUCAUUGGCAUUGUCGCGGUCCUGGUUUUCCUCACCAAGUGCCUGAAGCACUGCUGCUCGCCACUGAGCUACCGGCAGGAGGCUUACUGGGCCCAGUACCGCUCCAACGAGGACAAGCUGUUCCGACGCACAGCCGAGGUCCACUCCAGGAUCCUGGCAGCCAAGAACGUGGAGCACUUCUUCGGCUUCGUGGUGCUGGACAAGGAGGAGAAGGAGCUGGUGCGGGAGUUCCCGGUGGAGGGUGUCCAGCCGAGCCCUCAGUGGAACGCCAUCACAGGCGUCUACAUCUACCGGGAGAACAAGGGCUUUCCCCUCUACAGCCGGCUCCACAAAUGGGCCAAAGGGGUGGAAGGGAACGGGCCAAGCCCGGAAGGCCAUGAAAUGAUCUUUUUGGCUUCCUAAGGCAGUGAGACACUGUCAGACCGCCUUGGCAGGCCUACCAGUAUCGGUGCGUGGCUGAGGGAUUCACUGGGAAUAUUCCUCCCAGCAGGAUUACUUCUCUCAGCAGGUAAAUAGGGAUCAACAGCCUCAAGGUAGGGACUGAUAAGCAAUACACUGAGCUGGGGAACCCCUCCCUUGGAGACAACCGUCUCGUUGCUGCUCCCAGAGACACAAGGGGAGCAAAGAGCAGAUGCACACCUAACCUGCGGGCUGCCAGUGCAACCUGCCAGCUGAUGCACCAGCAGAAGCCUUGGGGAACAAGAGAUGGGCAUGAUAUUUACAACCGUGACUCCUGCAGUCCCACUUGUUUUCCCCCAUGGCAAGGUCGGCCCCAGCCAUCCUGCACACCUGCUUGUUUUAUUGACAUUGUUAUUUUCUUACACAGUUGUGCGGUGCCUGUGGUCCUGGAGCACUUUACACACUUCACAGCACAGGGAAAAGAGGGAAGCAGUGGGUAAAUUCCUGUGGCAAGGGGGUUGCACCUGAGAAGGAUGGGUCAGUAAUACUGCAGCACACCAAAUAACAGAGACUAAGGCAAGAGGAAUCACCAAUAUUCCCAGUGUUCAGGAAGACGCUCUGUAAUUACCAAGUUGGAAUUUGGGUUGGACACCAAACUUCCUUUGUUCUUACUGAAGUGCCUGGCAAUCUCUAAUGAGCCCAAAUGGUCACAGCCAUGAGUUUAUAAACCCAGAAGAUGGCACCAUCAGCAGAAUAGCUUUCAGGCGAGGUGGCAAGUGGAGGCUGAGAGGAAGCAGUACCUGCAGUGAGCCACACCACUGUCAGCAGCUCACUGCAUUUCUCAUCCAACCAUUGGAUGAGUCCUGCUUGUUUGGGUUGUGAGUUGCAGCGAGACCUCAACCACCAUUAGUUUUACAUAUAUGUAUAUAUACACAGAUAAGAUAGAUAGAUAGAUAGAUAGAUAGAUGUAUGUAUAGUGUAUAUACUAUGUAAUUGUAGUUAGCUGUAUUAAUGGAGCAUCUUUCUUCAAGGGAAAGGGGAUGAGAAAGCUACCAGCCGAAAGACCACAUUACAUGCACCCAUCUGCUGCACUGGGACUACAGCCCUGGAGCAACAAGGGACAGUGGGAACAGGAUGAAGAGAGCAACACUCUCCCUAUUUCC